GUUUAUUUAUUUGGAUGAAAUGUUUCUUUUGAGCAAAUUGAGAAUCUGAAUCGAUAGAAGGAAACACAAGGGUUUUGAAUUAAAUGGUUCUUUGAACGCAUCAGGUUAAUUGGUGAGUGUGGUGUCUGAGAGAGUAAAAUGCAUAAGCCAGAAGGGCCAGCAGAGUUUGCUCUCAAGGAGACCUCGCCAAACAUAGGAGCAGGUGCAGUCAUGAGGGACAAGCUCUCCUGCACCUAUGACCUGGUUGAACAAAUGCAAUACCUUUAUGUUCGAGUGGUGAAAGCCAAGGAAUUACCAGGGAAGGAUGUUACUGGUGGUGUGGAUCCUUAUGUUGAAGUGAAGCUUGGAAACUACAAGGGCCUCACCAAGCACUUUGAGAAAAAGUCCAAUCCUCAAUGGAAUCAUGUUUUUGCCUUCUCCAAAGAAAGGAUUAAAGAUUCUAUUCUGGAGGUGGUAGUGAAAGACAAAGAUGUUGCUGUGGAUGACUUUGUAGGGAGAGUGAUGUUUGAUCUGAAAGAAAUCCCAAAACGUGUGCCACCAGAUAGCCCUUUGGCUCCACAGUGGUACAGACUAGAGGACAGGAGAGGUGAAAAAGCCAAGGGAGAGUUAAUGUUGGCAGUUUGGAUGGGAACUCAAGCAGACGAGGCAUUUCCUGAUGCAUGGCAUUCUGAUGCAGCAACUGUUGGUCCUGAGGCUGUUGCAAACAUAAGAUCUAAGGUUUACCUUUCACCUAAGCUUUGGUAUGUCAGGGUCAAUGUUAUUGAGGCUCAGGACUUGAUACCAAGUGACAAAACCCGGUAUCCUGAAGUUUUUGUGAAGGCCAAUCUGGGAAAUCAGUUUUCAAGAACUAGAGCAUCUCAGAGUAAAACCAUAAAUCCCAUGUGGAAUGAGGACUUGAUGUUUGUUGCUGCUGAGCCAUUUGAGGAGCCUUUGGUUCUGACUGCAGAAGACAGGGUUGGUCCAAACAAGGAUGAAAUCCUGGGAAGGUGUGUCAUUCCUUUACACAAUGUGCAAAGGAGGUUUGACCAUAAGCCUGUGAACACAAGGUGGUUUAACCUUGAAAAACAUGUGGUUGUUGAAGGGGAAAAGAAGAAAGAGGCCAAGUUCUCAAGUAGGAUACACUUGAGGGUUUGCUUGGAAGGUGGCUACCAUGUGCUCGACGAAUCAACUCAAUACAGUAGUGAUCUUAGACCAACAGCAAAGCAGCUAUGGAAGGCCAGCAUUGGAAUUCUAGAACUGGGGAUUAUAAGUGCACAAGGGCUGAUGCCAAUGAAGACUAGAGAAGGUAGAGGAACCACAAAUGCAUAUUGUGUAGCUAAAUAUGGGCAGAAGUGGAUCCGUACUAGGACAAUUGUGGAUAGUCUUGCUCAAAGGUGGAAUGAGCAAUACAUUUGGGAGGUUUUUGAUCCAUGUACUGUUAUCACAGUAGGGGUCCAUGAUAAUGGUCAUUUACAUGUUGGAGAGAAAUCAGGUGCAUCAAAGGAUUCAAGAAUAGGGAAGGUGAGAAUCAGGCUGUCCACUCUUGAAGCUGAUAGGGUGUACACACACUCUUAUCCUCUUUUAGUACUGCAUAAUUCUGGUGUGAAAAAAAUGGGAGAGGUGCAGUUGGCUGUAAGGUUCACAAGCUUAUUUGUGAUACACAUGUUGUCUAUGUAUACACAGCCAUUGUUGCCAAAGAUGCACUACAUCCAUCCUCUGUCUGUGAUUCAACUAGACAGUCUUAGGCAUCAGGCUAUCCAGAUUGUGUCAAUGAGGUUGAGCAGGGCAGAGCCACCACUGAGGAAGGAGGUGGUGGAAUACAUGCUAGAUGUGGAUUCACACAUGUGGAGUAUGAGAAGGAGCAAAGCCAAUUUCUUCAGAAUAACCAUAGUUCUAGGUGGGUUGAUAGCCUUUGGAAGAUGGUUUGAUCAGAUAUGCAAUUGGAAGAACCCCCUCACAACCAUACUCAUUCAUAUCCUUUUCAUAAUACUGGUUCUCUAUCCAGAACUAAUACUUCCAACAACUUUCCUCUACCUUUCUCUGAUUGGAAUUUGGAACUUCAGAUGGAGGCCAAGACAUCCUCCUCAUAUGGACACCAGACUAUCUCAUGCUGAUGCAGCCCACCCUGAUGAACUGGAUGAAGAGUUUGAUACAUUCCCUACUUCUCGAUCAUCAGAUAUGAUCAGAAUGAGGUAUGAUCGUUUGAGAAGCAUUGCUGGGAAGGUUCAAACUGUUGUAGGGGAUUUAGCCACUCAAGGAGAAAGGUUCCACAAUCUACUAAGCUGGAGAGACACAAGGGCCACCACUCUCUUUGUGACAUUCUGUUUCAUUGCUGCACUGGUUCUCUAUGUUACUCCUUUCCAAGUUGUCAUCCUUCUCAUUGGUUUCUAUGUUCUAAGGCACCCCAGAUUCCGCCAGAAACAUCCUUCAGCUCCAUUCAACUACUUCAAGAGAUUGCCUGCUAGAGUGGACACCAUAUUGUAAACAUUAUUGUUCAUCUCUCUCAAAAUUUUCCACACCAUUAUUACCUUCAUCAGGUUUCAAGCCCUUUGCCACAGUGCCUCUGUAAAUGUUACGUUUGUUCAUAGAAAUUGUAAACUUUCAUGUCACUGCAUUUAUGCUUAUAAACAGUAGUAUUUUCCAUGUAAUUAACCCUGUUAUUUUUUCAAAGUUUUGUAGUACAAUUAAUGUUACUAUUG